ACGCAUUCUCCGCAGAGAGUUGAGUGUCCGCUUCCCGCUAACGCCGCCAUCUCCGUCGACCGCCACCGCCACCAUGGCUUCCAGCAACGAGAACUCGUCCCAGCGCAUCGGGCAGUUCAAGAACAAAGGACGCGACGCCGCGGCUCUGCGGCAGCAUCGCAAGGACCUGUGCCUGGAGCUGCGCAAGGCACGCAAGGACGACCAGAUCCUGAAGCGGCGCAAUGUGGCCGCGAUGGAUGACGAACCGACGUCUCCACUGCAGGAGAAGCAGCAGAACGGACAGGUGCAACAGAUGUCCCUGGAAGAGAUUGUCCGUGGCGUGAGCAGCAAUGAGAGUGAUGUGCAGUUGCAGUCGACGCAGGGAGCACGGAAACUGCUCUCUCGCGAGCGGCACCCACCACUGAACGAGAUAAUCAGCGCCGGGCUGAUCCCACGGUUCGUGCAGUUCCUGGGGCACGAGGACUGCAGCCAGAUCCAGUUUGAGGCGGCAUGGGCGCUGACGAACAUUGCGUCGGGCACAAGCGAGCAGACCAAGGCCGUGGUGGACGGCGGUGCCGUGCCUGCUUUCGUGGCGCUGCUGUCGUCGCCGCACGCGCACAUCAGCGAGCAGGCUGUGUGGGCGCUGGGAAACAUUGCCGGUGAUGGACCUGUCUUGCGUGACCUUGUUAUCAAGUAUGGAGCUGUAGAGCCCCUGUUGGCCCUCAUGGCCAUGCCAGACCUGUCCAUGCUGUCCGUGAGCUACCUGCGCAACCUGACGUGGACGAUCUCGAACCUGUGCCGCAACAAGAAGCCCCCUCCCCCUGAGGAGGCUGUGCUGAUGCUGCUGCCGGCGCUGGUGCGGCUGCUGCACCACGAGGAUAGGGAGGUGCAGACGGAUGCCACGUGGGCGCUCUCCUACCUGAGCGAUGGCCCCAACGAUCGCAUCGAAAUGGUGGUGGCGGCCGGUGUGGUGCCGCGCCUUGCACAGCUGCUCGCCUCGCCAGAGCUCACCGUGCUGACUCCAGCGCUCCGAACAGUGGGGAACAUCGUGACAGGCACAGACCAGCAGACGCAGGCGGUGAUCAACACCGGUGUUCUUCCAGUGUUCCAGAAUCUGCUGCGUCAUCAGCGCAGUAAUGUGCAGAAGGAGGCUGCUUGGGCACUGUCGAACAUCACGGCUGGGCACGCCGAUCAGAUCAACGCAGUCAUCACUGCUGGCCUCAUCCCCCCACUGGUCGAAGUCCUGCACAAGGGAGAAUUCAAAGCCCAGCGCGAAGCGGUAUGGGCGGUGACGAACCUGACGUCGGGCGGCACUGUGGACCAUAUCGUGUACGUGGUCCAAGUGGGGGCCAUGGAGCCCUUGCUGUCUCUGCUUGAAGUCAAGGACAGCAGCACGGUGCUCAUCAUCCUGGACGCCAUCACCAACAUCUUCCAGGCUGGUGACAAGGUUGGCCAGACGGACAAGCUGUGCAUGAUGGUGGAGGAGCUUGGGGGACUGGAUAAGAUUGAGCACCUUCAGUCGCACGAGAACGAGGCGGUGUACAAGGCUGCCCUGAACAUCAUCGACAAGUACUUUUCUGAGGAAGACAGCGAGGCGGAGAACUUGGUGCCCGAGGCUGGGGAGCAGGGGUACAACUUCCAGGUGGCAGACGAGCAGCACGGCAACUUUGCCUUCUGAGCCGCCCUCCCUCCCAGUGCACCUCCACCCACCAUUCCUCACGCUCCCCCCCCCCCCCCCCCCCCAAAUUGGGAGUGGGGCGAGAGAUUCCGCGCUUCGGGCAUAAUGAACUGCCGCAGCGAAUUUUAAAACAAGAUGCUGGAAAUUAACGACUGCUGUGUCAUUUCACCCUCGUCUCUGUGUUUUUUAUGUGUUUCUUCUUUCAACUCUCUGGGCCUCCUUGGGCGAUCCAGUGUAAUACUAGACCGCUUGGGCACACGCACACUAGGCUCCUGAGGUUGCUGCUGUGUCAUUGUGUUGGCUGUGCUCGUUUUGACUACCACUGCCGUUGUAGCAGCUCUCACAUCCACUUUUAAUGUGAAUAUGUACUGCAGUCUACUUGAAUUUGGCUUAAAACUUUCUUUUGUACACAGUAUUUCUUUAAAUAAAAAUGUGUGAAUA